AUGAAGUAUUAUUUGUUCAUAAUACUUUUAGUAGUAUGUGUAAAUCAAAAUUUUGCGCAGGAUGAAGGCGAUGAAGAAAUUGCGCAGGAAUUAUUGGACGGCGAUGAAGAAAUUGCGCAGGAGCUAUUGGAAGGCGAAGAAGUUACUGCAGUUGACUUACCUCAGCCAUCACAAUCAAUGGUAAAUGCAGUGAUAGGUAUUCCUGUCGUAAUUUUGAAUGGAGUUGAGAACAUGACAAGAGUAACUGUUUCAUUGUCUUCAAAUGGAACUCCAUUAUUUGGAUUUGAUAAUAACUUAGGAAGUCCCACACAAAAUGCAGAGCCACGUGAAUCGACUGGAUAUGUUCCUGGAAGCAUUAUACAAGGCAUUAGCCAGGCUGUAGGAAGUGGAUUCAAUCAAAUAGGCUUAAAUGGAAUUGGAAACACUAUUACGGAUUUUGGAACACAAGCAGGAAGAUUCGUAUCUAUUGUGCCUAAUAUUUGGGGAAAUAUCGCAAAAAAUGUAUUUGAUAACAUUGAAGUACCUGCGUCGAGUAGUAGAUUUCCCGUAUUUGGUUCAGUUUUCCAAAAUAUGAUUACAAGAUCAACAAUGAGAAAAGCACAAGAUUUAGCGAGGAAAUUUGAAUAUGAAGUUUCAAGAAGUGCAAUGUAUAAUAUGGAAGUAUUAGAUGCAGAUUUCGCAGAAUUUGAAAGAUAUACCAAAAGAUAUGAAGCAAUAGGAAAAUACGAAAUUCAUCGUCAAGUCACAGAGGUAAGCAACAGUUUAGACGAUCUAUUACAAAAUGAGAAGAUGUCAGAAGCAGCAAAACAAUGCAUAAGAGAACAACACGAAAAAGCGCAAGAAGUAAUGCAAAGUGCAGAUGAUGCUUUAAAAACUUGUUUAGAAGAAAGAAGAGACGAAGCAAAUGCUAUUUACAAUGAAACUCAACAAACCGUACACGAGUUAGGAAAGAAAACCGAAGAAAUAGCAAAAGAAUAUGCAGCAUGCUUGCAAUUACUACCAAACACACAAAAUACGGAACGAUGCUUCCAAGGGGUAAAACAACAUCAAAUUAUUGUUCAACAAGAAUUUGAAGAUAAAGUUAAAGAACUGUCAGAUAGACUAGAAAUGCUAAAAGAAGAAGUAGAAGAAUGUGCUUUACCAGCAGUGCAGCAAGCAGAAGAAGAAGUUCAGAAAAUUAUUGAAGCUGCCAAGGAGUGCCUCAAAUUAGAAGAUCCAGGGACAGAAACCCCAACAGAAGAACCUGCAGAGUCAAAGGAACCUGUGGAAGAAUCAGAACAGCCAUCAGUUGAACCCGAGCAACCAGCAGUUGAACCCGAGCAACCAGCAGUUGAACCCGAGCAACCAGCAGUUGAGCCAGAACAGCCAGAACAGCCAGAACAGCCAGCAGUUGAGCCAGAACAGCCAGCUCCAGCCGUUGAGCCAGAACAGCCAGCCGUUGAACCAGAACAUCCAGCAGUUGAACCCGAGCAACCAGCAGUUGAACCCGAGCAACCAGCAGUUGAACCCGAGCAACCAGCAGUUGAACCCGAGCAACCAGCAGUUGAACCCGAGCAACCAGCAGUUGAACCCGAGCAACCAGCAGUUGAACCCGAGCAACCAGCAGUUGAACCCGAGCAACCAGCAGUUGAACCCGAGCAACCAGCAGUUGAACCAGAACAGCCAGUAGUUGAACCCGAGCAGCCAGCCGUUGAACCCGAGCAGCCCGCCGUUGAACCAGAACAGCCCGCCGUUGAACCAGAACAGCCCGCCGUUGAACCAGAACAGCCCGCCGUUGAACCAGAACAGCCCGCCGUUGAACCCGAGCAACCAGCAGUUGAACCCGAGCAACCAGCAGUUGAACCCGAGCAACCAGCAGUUGAACCCGAGCAACCAGCAGUUGAACCCGAGCAACCAGUAGUUGAACCCGAGCAACCAGCAGUUGAACCCGAGCAACCAGCAGUUGAAACCGAGCAACCAGCAGUUGAACCCGAGCAACCAGCAGUUGAACCCGAGCAACCAGCAGUUGAACCCGAGCAACCAGCAGUUGAACCCGAGCAACCAGCAGUUGAACCCGAGCAACCAGCAGUUGAACCCGAGCAACCAGCAGUUGAACCCGAGCAACCAGCAGUUGAACCCGAGCAACCAGCAGUUGAACCCGAGCAACCAGCAGUUGAACCCGAACAACCAGCAGUUGAACCCGAGCAACCAGCAGUUGAACCCGAGCAACCAGCAGUUGAACCCGAGCAACCAGUAGUUGAACCCGAGCAGCCAGCAGUUGAACCCGAGCAACCAGCAGUUGAACCAGAACAGCCAGCAGUUGAACCAGAACAGCCAGCAGUUGAACCAGAACAGCCAGCAGUUGAACCCGAGCAACCAGCAGUUGAACCCGAGCAACCAGCAGUUGAACCCGAGCAACCUGCAGUUGAACCCGAGCAACCUGCAGUUGAACCCGAGCAACCAGCUGUAGAGCCAGAGCAGCCAGCAGUUGAGUCAGAGCAGCCAGCAGUUGAGCCAGAGCAGCCAGCAGUUGAACCCGAAGAGCCAGCAGUUGAACCCAAAGAGCCAGCAGUGGAACCCGAACAACCAGCAGUUGAACCCGAGCAACCAGCUGUUGAACCCGAGCAACCAGCUGUUGAACCCGAACAACCAGCAGUUGAACCCGAACAACCAGCAGUUGAACCCGAACAACCAGCUGUUGAACCCGAACAACCAGCAGUUGAACCCGAACAACCAGCAGUUGAGCCAGAACAGCCAUCAGUUGAAGCCGAACAACCAGCAGUUGAACCCGAACAGCCAGCAGUUGAGCCAGAACAGCCAGCACCAGCCGUUGAGCCAGAACAGCCAGCCGUUGAGCCAGAACAUCCAGCAGUUGAACCCGAGCAACCAGCAGUUGAACCCGAGCAACCUGCAGUUGAACCCGAGCAACCAGCAGUUGAACCCGAGCAACCAGCAGUUGAGCCAGAACAGCCAGUAGUCGAACUCGAGCAGCCAGCCGUUGAACCCGAGCAGCCCGCCGUUGAACCAGAACAGCCCGCCGUUGAACCAGAACAGCCCGCCGUUGAACCAGAACAGCCCGCCGUUGAACCAGAACAGCCCGCCGUUGAACCGACAGUUGAACCCGAGCAACCAGCAGUUGAACCCGAGCAACCAGCAGUUGAACCCGAGCAACCAGCAGUUGAACCCGAGCAACCAGCAGUUGAACCCGAGCAACCAGCAGUUGAACCCGAGCAACCAGGAGUUGAACCCGAGCAGCCAGUAGUUGAACCCGAGCAGCCAGCCGUUGAACCCGAGCAGCCAGCCGUUGAACCCGAGCAACCAGCAGUUGAACCCGAGCAACCAGCAGUUGAACCCGAGCAACCAGCAGUUGAACCCGAGCAACCUGCAGUUGAACCCGAGCAACCAGCUUUGAGCCAGAGCAGCCAGCAGUUGAGCCAGAGCAGCCAGCAGUUGAGCCAGAGCAGCCAGCAGUUGAGCCAGAGCAGCCAGCAGUUGAACCCGAAGACAGUUGAACCCGAGCAACCAGCAGUUGAACCCGAACAACCAGCUGUUGAACCCGAACAACCAGCAGUUGAACCCGAACAACCAGCUGUUGAAUCCGAACAACCAGCAGUUGAACCCGAACAACCAGCAGUUGAACCCGAACAACCAGCAGUUGAACCCGAACAACCAGCAGUUGAACCCGAACAACCAGCAGUUGAACCCGAACAACCAGCAGUUGAACCCGAACAACCAGCAGUUGAACCCGAACAACCAGCAGUUGAACCAGAACAGCCAGCAGUUGAGCCAGAGCAGCCAGCAGUUGAGCCAGAGCAGCCAGCAGUUGAGCCAGAGCAGCCAGCAGUUGAGCCAGAGCAGCCAGCAGUUGAGCCAGAGCAGCCAGCAGUUGAACCCGAAGAGCCAGCAGUUGAACCCAAAGAGCCAGCAGUGGAACCCGAACAACCAGCAGUUGAACCCGUACAACCAGCAGUUGAACCCGAGCAACCAGCUGUUGAACCCGAACAACCAGCAGUUGAACCCGAACAACCAGCAGUUGAACCCGAACAACCAGCAGUUGAACCCGAACAACCAGCAGUUGAACCCGAACAACCAGCAGUUGAACCCGAACAACCAGCAGUUGAACCCGAACAACCAGCAGUUGAACCCGAACAACCAGCAGUUGAACCCGAACAACCAGCAGUUAAACCCGAACAACCAGCAGUUGAACCCGAACAACCAGCAGUUAAACCCGAGCAACCAGCUGUUGAACCCGAACAACCAGCAGUUGAACCCGAACAACCAGCAGUUGAACCCGAACAACCAGCAGUUGAACCCGAACAGCCAGCAGUUGAGCCAGAACAGCCAGCAGUUGAAGCCGAACAACCAGCAGUUGAACCCGAACAACCAGCAGUUGAACCCGAGCAACCAGCAGUUGAUCCCGAACAACCAGCAAACCAGAACAGCCAGCAGUUGAGCCAGAACAGCCAGCAGUUAAGCCAGAACAGCCAGCGGUUGAGCCAGAACAGCCAGCGGUUGAGCCAGAACAGCAGCCAGAACAGCAGCCAGAACAGCCAGAACAGCAGCCAGAACAGCCAGAACAGCCAGAACAGCAGCCAGAACAGCCAUCACCCGCCGUUGAACCCGAGCAACCAGCCGUUGAGCCAGAACAGCCCGCCGUUGAACCCGAGCAACCAGCCGUUGAACCCGAGCAACCAGCCGUUGAACCCGAGCAACCAGCCGUUGAACCCGAGCAACCAGCCGUUGAACCCGAGCAACCAGCCGUUGAACCCGAGCAACCAGCCGUUGAACCCGAGCAACCAGCCGUUGAACCCGAGCAACCAGCCGUUGAACCCGAGCAACCAGCCGUUGAACCCGAGCAACCAGCCGUUGAAACCCGAGCAACCAGCCGUUGAACCCGAGCAACCAGCCGUUGAACCCGAGCAACCUGCCGUUGAACCCGAGCAACCAGCCGUUGAACCCGAGCAACCAGCCGUUGAACCCGAGCAACCAGCAGUUGAACCCGAGCAACCAGCAGUUGAACCCGAGCAACCAGCAGUUGAACCCGAGCAACCAGCAGUUGAACCCGAGCAACCAGCAGUUGAACCCGAGCAACCAGCAGUUGAACCCGAGCAACCAGCAGUUGAACCCGAGCAACCAGCAGUUGAACCCGAGCAACCAGCAGUUGAACCCGAGCAACCAGCAGUUGAACCCGAGCAACCAGCAGUUGAACCCGAGCAACCAGCAGUUGAACCCGAGCAACCAGCAGUUGAGCCAGAACAGCCAGUAGUUGAACCCGAGCAGCCAGCCGUUGAACCAGAACAGCCCGCCGUUGAACCAGAACAGCCCGCCGUUGAACCAGAACAGCCCGCCGUUGAACCCGAACAACCAGCAGUUGAACCCGAGCAACCAGCAGUUGAACCCGAGCAGCCAGCAGUUGAACCCGAGCAGCCAGCCGUUGAACCCGAGCAGCCAGCCGUUGAACCCGAGCAGCCCGCCGUUGAACCAGAACAGCCAGCAGUUGAACCCGAGCAACCAGCAGUUGAACCCGAGCAACCAGCAGUUGAACCCGAGCAACCAGCAGUUGAACCCGAGCAACCAGCAGUUGAACCCGAGCAACCAGCAGUUGAACCUGAGCAACCUGCAGUUGAACCCGAGCAACCAGCUGUAGAGCCAGAACAGCCAGCAGUUGAACCAGAACAGCCAGCAGUUGAGCCAGAGCAGCCAGCAGUUGAGCCAGAGCAGCCAGCAGUUGAACCCGAAGAGCCAGCAGUUGAACCCGAAGAGCCAGCAGUUGAACCCAAAGAGCCAGCAGUGGAACCCGAACAACCAGCAGUUGAACCCGAACAACCAGCAGUUGAACCCGAGCAACCAGCAGUUGAACCCGAACAACCAGCAGUUGAACCCGAACAACCAGCAGUUGAACCCGAACAACCAGCAGUUGAACCCGAACAACCAGCAGUUGAACCCGAACAACCAGCAGUUGAACCCGAACAACCAGCAGUUGAACCCGAACAGCCAGCAGUUGAGCCAGAACAGCCAGCAGUUGAGCCAGAACAGCCAGCAGUUGAACCCGAACAGCCAGCAGUUGAAGCCGAACAACCAGCAGUUGAACCCGAACAACCAGCAGUUGAGCCAGAACAGCCAGCAUUGAGCCAGAACAGCCUGCAGUUGAGCCAGAACAGCCUGCAGUUGAGCCAGAACAACCAGCAGUUGAGCCAGAACAACCAGCAGUUGAACCCGAGCAACCAGCCGUUGAACCCGAGCAACCAGCCGUUGAACCCGACCCUUGAACCCGAACAACCAGCCGUUGAACCCGAGCAACCAGCCGUUGAACCUGAACAACCACCAGUUGAGCCCGAGCAACCACCAGUUGAGCCCGAGCAACCACCAGUUAAACCCGAGCAACCACCAGUUGAGCCCGAACAACCAGCAGUUGAACCCGAGCAACCAGCAGUUGAGCCAGAACAGCCAGCCCCGUUGAGCCAGAACAGCCAGCCGUUGAGCCAGAACAGCCAGCCGUUGAACCCGACAGUUGAACCCGAGCAACCAGCAGUUGAACCCGAGCAGCCAGCAGUUGAGCCCGAGCAACCAGCAGUUGAGCCAGAACAGCCAGCAAUUGAACCCGAGCAGCCAGCAGUGGAACCCGAACAACCAGCAGUUGAACCCGAACAACCAGCUGUUGAACCCGAACAACCAGCAGUUGAACCCGAACAACCAGCAGUUGAGCCAGAUCAGCCAGCAGUUGAACCCGAGCAACCAGCAGUUGAACCCGAGCAACCAGCAGUUGAGCCAGAACAGCCAGCAGAACAGCCAGCAGUUGAGCCAGAACAACCAGCAGUUGAGCCAGAACAGCCAGCAGUUAAGCCAGAACAACCAGCAGUUGAACCCGAGCAACCAGCAGUUGAACCCGAGCAACCAGCAGUUGAACCCGAGCAACCAGCAGUUGAACCCGAGCAACCAGCAGUUGAUCCAGAACAGCCAGCAGUUGAGCCCGAACAACCAGCAGUUGAGCCCGAACAACCAACAGUUGAACCCGAGCAACCAGCAGUUGAGCCCGAACAACCAGCAGUUGAGCCAGUACAGCCAGCAGUUGAACCCGAGAAACCAGCAGUUGAGCCAGUACAGCCAGCAGUUGAACCCGAGAAACCAGCAGUUGAGCCAGAACAGCCCUUAGUUGAACCCGAACAACCAGCAGUUGAACCCGAGCAACCAGCAGUUGAACCCGAGCAACCAGCAGUUGAACCCGAGCAACCAGCAGUUGAACCCGAGCAACCAGCAGUUGAACCCGAGCAACCAGCAGUUGAACCCGAGCAACCAGCAGUUGAGCCAGAACAGCCAGCACCAGCAGUUGAGCCAGAACAGCCAGCAGUUGAACCCGAGCAACCAGCAGUUGAGCCAGAACAGCCCGCAGUUAAACCCGAGCAACCAGCAGUUGAGCCACCAGUAAAACCUACUACCACGGUUGAUAAGAUCGCAAAGAUGGUAGAUGAUGUGAUCGAUAAUGCCUUGGAAGCACUUAGUGGAUUCUUGGGUCGGAUCAACCUUGGAUCGCGAAAAGUUUAA